AUGUCAGGACCGAGGCCCGUGGUGCUGAGCGGCCCCUCCGGAGCAGGGAAGAGCACUCUGAUGAAGAGGCUGAUGAAGGAACACGAGGGCAUCUUUGGAUUCAGCGUGUCACACACAACAAGAAACCCUCGACCAGGAGAGGAAGAUGGCAAAGACUAUCACUUCACAACGAGAGAGGCCAUGCAGAGGGGUAUCGACAACGGAGACUUCAUUGAGAACGCAGAGUUUUCUGGGAACAUGUACGGAACAAGUAAAUCUGCAAUAGAAGACGUCCAGGCCAAGAACCUAAUCUGCAUCCUUGAUGUGGACAUCCAGGGGGUGAAGAGGAUUAAACAGACUGACCUGAACCCCAUCUACAUCUCCAUCCAGCCUCCUUCUAUGGAGAUCCUGGAAAAACGUUUGAGGGAUAGGCAGACAGAAACAGAGGAGAGUUUACAGAAACGUCUGGAGGCAGCACGCAUUGAUAUGGAGCUCAGCAAGGAGCCGGGAGUGUUUGAUGUUGUCAUCAUCAAUGAUGACUUAGAGAGGGCCUAUGAGGAGCUGAAAGAUAUCCUCGAUGAGGAAAUCAAAAAAGUUCAGGAGGCCAAAUCAUAAGAAGGAACCCUAGUCUUUAUGCUGCUGGACGGAGAAAACCAUCACUUGAGAUUCCAGCCUGAAUAAGCACAUUUUCACUGACACACCUGAGAUGUAAACUUCCAUCUGAAGAAAAGUUUGUUUUUCUUUUACCCUUUACUUAAAAAGCUGAUGCUCAGAUGGAAAAGAGGGACUCUGAAUUGUAUUGUUUUCUCAACUAAGAGAAUGGGGAUUUGUUUUAGAUUUAGAGCAAUUAAUGGUCAAUAUCUAGGUAUGAAAAUCUUAACCCAAAAUUUCUGCCAGCUGGCUCAGCUGCACAUAAAAGAAAAACAAUAGAAACAACUGCCAAAUCCAGUGCUACAAUUGGUCUUUACAGGCCCAGGUUUGGCACUGAUCUAUCCUCAAGUGUGGGGUGUGUGUCACCAGACAGUACACACACUGCAAAACACUUAGAUAUUGUUCAGAAAAUAGUUACACUUUUAUUUAUUAUGUUGAAGUCUAAUAUAAUGGAAAUGGAUUUACUCAUAGUUAAGUGUGAAAUCAAAUUAUGGUGGAUUUGUAUUAAUGAUAAAUACUAUGUGGU